ACGGGAGGGACGCGCCGCGCCGCCCGUCCGCCCGUCCGAUCUCGAUACGAUGCGAGUCGAGCGCGAUACGCGCUCGCAAAGAUGGUCGCCCGUGCGACCUCAUCUGUCAAGUGACGAGGACGAUUCUCGCGCGCCGUGCGCUACCGCUAUGCGCCGUUAGCGGGCGGAGCGUGGGACAGAGCGAGAGAGCGACACCACCGCGAAACGUCUCGGCCGCCCGGCCGCCAAAUUUCAGGUAAUCGGCAGACGCAGACGUUCAAUACGCUGGCUAUGAAAAUGAAGAUCCCAAACGGCGGGCCUGGAAACGGGACUUAUUACGGGCAGGAGACGGGCAUCACCUCCUAUGUGGACAACAACAGCGACACGGAGGCGGAGGUGCAGGCGAUAGGCGACGGCGACUUCUCCGAGUACCUCUGGAUGGAGAACGAGGAGGAGUUUGACAAGCAGGUGCUCCAGCAGCUGGAGGAGGAGGAGCUGAUGGAGGAGUGUCUAGAGGCGAUGCUGGAGGAGGAGAGGCAGCACCAGAGGAAUAUGAGCUCCACCGCUUGGUCCACGGCUACCGGCACUCCCGACAGCAACGCCGCCGAGCUCUGUCAACAGCUGAGCGGUCUGAGGAUGCAGGACGAUCUCGCUAAGCAGAGCACGCUAAACCCGGACGCGGCUGAAUUUGUUCCGGCGUGCAAGGCGACUGUGGUACCACCUGUAAGUACAUCGUCGGGAACCACAGUCACCACGGAACCGUCGUAGAAAUCUUCUGUGUAUUUUCUCUCUUGUCCGUUCUCCGUAUAAGUCACGUAUAAAAUCGGGCUACACGUAA